GAAGCGAAUACGAUGAUGAGUGCGGCUUCUGUCUUAUCCAGCAAGAGGUCGACAACGGAAAUGCCCAACACUCGGCGGGAUCCGUCGCGAAUGAUCGAUUUUCGUGCCCUUCAAUCGGGGAAGCCUUCGUCCUACCCCGGAUCCAACAGCACCUACAUGUCUGAUGUGUCCUUCGAGAUGAAUAGCAGCGUGCGCCUGUCACACAAGCAAGUCGAGCAAUACAGAAGAAUGAAGGCGAAGGAAUACUUCGAUCAGCUUCGUGAUCUUUUACCAAACAAGGACAUCAGAUGCGAUAGGAACAAGAUACUCCAGGAGGCGAUCAACUUCCUGAAGGACGUGAAAGGCAUGAAAACGAGUCCAUGGAACUCGCCCGAGGCAAGUGAGUCUGGGCUUCAGUUCGAGAUGGAAGACAUUGAGCAAGAAAUGAACUCGUCAAAGGCGCUAAGCCACAAUGAGGUAGAACAAAGGAGGAGACAGAUGGCAAAACAACUAUUUGAAGAGCUGAGAGCUCUGCUGCCAGACUCAGGGAAACAUGACAAGAAUACAAUCCUUCUCAAUACCAUUCAAACUAUUCGCAAGCUAAGACAGAGUAAAGCUCAAACAUCUUCAGAUGAUAUAAACGAUGUCAAGGAAAUACGAGUAGGAUCCAUCGACUCGAUUUGCUCAGCUCCGAAUGGAAUAUCAGAAGAAGAAAGCAAGAAGCCCUCUCUCUCCUUCUCGCCAUCGUUGUCUGCUAUGCCCUCGUCAUUGCCGGAGCGAAUGCCGCACAGCAUAGCUAUGUUGUCAUCCUCUCUCCCUGAUAGUGACAGUCGAAGGGGAAGGAAGCGUUUACCACAGUCGAUUCCAUUCCCUGCAGGAGCCACCUUUGCCAGCUUUGCGGAAUUCAGCAAACAGAUGGAAGACGCGGGAGAUAAGAAGAGGAAAGUUUGUGAGUCAGACGAUGCUAGCGAGGGGCAUGGAGCGCCAUCGGAUGUUCUUGAGAACGAGGAGGACACGAAAGAAUUCCUGAAGAGCGUGAGGGGGCUGUGCGAGGAGGAGUGCGAUCGGAGGAUUAGUCUGGAAGAUGAGGCGCUCGCCUUCGAGGCUCUGAGCCUUCUCUCCGAAUGUGCGGAGAGGAUCAGUCAACCCAACACUCCCGUAGUCGCUCCGAUCAGGAAUGUCCCUUCGCUGGAUUCCGCCAUGUCACUGAGCUAUGUGCUCUCACCCAUCCGGUGAAGUCAAAAUAUUUGUUACAGGAAGUUACUUAUUUGACACAUAAACCUAUCCUAUGAUAC